AUGGCUGGAGAUUUCACCUCGAACCGCAGUAUUGGAAUAAUCAUUGUGGAAGUUUUGGUUUGUGCUCUGAUUGAUGGGUUGUCUCUCUUCGGAAACGUGUUAGUAUCUUUGGCUGUGAUUCGCAGCCCAAAGCUGCGCACUUCAACAAACAUGUUCAUACUCGCGUUAGCCAUCGCUGACAUUCUUAUGGCAUUAAUCUGCAUCCCUAUAACUUGCGGGAUACUUGUAUCAGAAGCCUGGAUCAACACAAGUGUCCUCUGUGAUAUUCAGGGAUUUUCUAUCCUCACUCUGGCUUUCAUGUCAAUAGGCACUUUAGCGCUAACGGCUAUUAACCGCUUUUUUCGAGUUGUGAAACCUGUCAUCUACAGACGCUUCUUCACAAAGAGAAACUCUCUGCUUCUAAUUGGGACGAUGUGGUUAUUGAUCAUCGCCUUUUACGCAACUUUGCUUCUGAGCAAAGCGAGUUACAUUCGUUACGAACCUAGUUACGCAACUUGCGCAGUUGCGCACAGAUUUAUGCAAACAUUGGUGGAAUUUGUGUUUGUUGUUCUAGCUUUCAUAGUUAUCGUUGUGAGCUACACUCUUGUCUUCAACAGAAUACGAAGACAUCAUCUUUCGUUUGUUUCGUCUCUGGUCGGCCAACAACGGAAUUCGAGUAUCUCCGUAGAAGAGAUAAAAAUUUCCAAGCUUCUUUUCAUGACUGUGCUCGGAUUUGCCAUUUGUUGGAUGCCAAGUUUAGUAAUUAUCACAAUGGACCGUAUAUCACCCGACACCACCCCCCCAAGACGAAGGACUUUGCUGUGCACAUACCUCAACUAUCUAAGCGCGGCGUUAAACCCUCUAAUAUACGGCGUCAUGAAUCGUUCCUUCAGAGCAGAAUACAAAAGGAUCCUUCUCUGUCGCAAGAACCAGAUUGACGUAGCUCAGAAUGGCACCAAAAGUCUUCGGACAUUUACAAACACUGCACGCGCAGCAGUGAUCUGGAAACGAGCCACAGAGAACAAGACGCAAACGGCAAAAGUCGCGCUCGCGUCGAACAACCAAAAUGACUGUAAGAAAACGUCACACGAAGAAAGAGAGGAUUCUCUCUUGCAGCGCUUACGAAGAUCUUCAGAUUGUUCAGGGGUGAUUUCGUUUUCCCAUAUUUCUCGUACUUCUACACCAACGUUAGAGUGA